GCCCGAGGGGAGGAAUUCAACCUGUUCUUAUUCAAAUCAACCCCCACCACACACACACACACACACACACACACACACACACUUAUGCAUGAAUGUGUGUGUGUGUGUGUGUGUGUGAGACACCACAGAGUGGCCAAUCAGCUCGUCCAUGGGCGGAGCAGCAGAGUAUAAGUGUCUCAGGUGAGCAGCAGCAGGUGUAGUGAGCAGGACAGGUGCAGGAGGACGAUACCAGCUGUGUGUGUGACUUUUACAAACACACAUUUUUAUUUCAGCACACACACACACACACACACGUGUUGGAGCUGAGCUGAAGAAGACACCGGCCUGUUUAUGCAGAGGUAGAGAGACAGAAGAGUGAAGAAAGAAAAGAAUGACCGGAGUUUCCAGAAUGGCGUCCUUCAUCUCGGAGCAGGGUCUCUCCCCCCCUCUGUGUGGACGACCCCCCUCCCAACAGGAGCUUCCCUCCUUGAGCCUCGAUCCGUCUGAUUUCAGCCUGUACAGCCCCCCGGCACCUCCAGAGUCCAGCCUGUCUGCUUCACCGUGGCUCCCUCCCUCCAGCAACCACAUCGACCACAACCUCAGCUUUAACAGCCCAGACACGGGCCCCAUCUCUGGGGCCACAAGAGUCCCCCCAGGACCUCCCCCAGGACUCCCCCCAGCACUUGGAGUCUUCUUCCCCCAUCCCUACAGCCAUCACAGGCCCCUGCUCCCUGGCAGCCCCUGGUACUCCCUGUGCUCCACGAACGACGUGAUGCGACUGGUCCGACCGCCGUACUCCUACUCCGCCCUCAUCGCCAUGGCGAUCCAGAGCUCGCCUGAGCAGCGUCUGACGCUCAGCCAGAUCUACCAGUAUGUCUCCGAUAACUUCCCCUUCUACAGCUGCAACAAGGCUGGCUGGCAGAACUCCAUCCGCCACAACCUGUCGCUCAACGACUGUUUCCAGAAGGUUCCCCGUGAUGAGAACGACCCAGGUAAAGGAAACUACUGGACUCUGGAUCCAAACUGUGAGAAGAUGUUUGACAAUGGAAACUUCCGCCGCAAGAGGAAGAGGAAGUUGGACAAUGUGACCACGGGCAAGAAACUGUCCCCCCCCCCCUCCUCUUCCUCGUCUGACUCAUCAGAGCUGAACCCUAAAAUUCCCAGCAUGCACUGCAGCAGCGGCAGCACUGAGCUCCCUGCUCUCUCAGAUGCCACCUCUGGCCUCAGCAGCUUCCUGUGUCAGCUCCAGGACUCACCCCCCCCCACUCCUCACGCCAGCUCUCCCUUGCUGUACAUGCAGGUACCGGACGACGCCCCCCCACCUCCACCCCCUCAGGCAUACGUCUCCUCUUACUCUCCUGGUGCCGUGGUGCCACAGUGGGACGCCUGCAGUUCCUCUCCUGCCCUCUUCCCCUCCGUCCAUCACUCUUCUCCUCCUCCUCCUCUCUUCCCCUCUGUCCAUCACUCUUCUCCUCCUCUUCCUCCUCUCUUCCCCUCCUCCCAGUUGACCCCUCCCCACUUCUCCUCCCACCUAGCAGACCCUCAGACUGCCUCCCUGCCACUUUAUGCCGACCUUCAGACGGCGUCCUGUCGUCUGCCAGAGCUCCAGGAGACCCAGCAGCAGCAGCAUCUUCAGGCCCAGUGUGAGCCUCUGUUCUCGGGGGGCUUUAUUGACGCCCUGCCCCUCGACGCUCUGGUUCUCCAGCAGUGAGACAAAGCUGAAUUCACUGUUACGAGUGUGUGAAAGUUUGUAUUUAUCUGUUUUUAAUAUUUUCAUAAAGUAAAAAAAG